CAAAUAGGAUUCAGUUCGCCGCUGUUUUGUGCUGCUGCGUGAGGGCCGUGGCUAACAAGAUGGCUGGAAGACCCGAGAAGAAUUUGUCUUUGAUCGGAUUCACUCUCCUCUGUUUGAAAAUGGUUAUUUCAUCGAAAACAGCUCCUGAAAUACCAACUAUUGAUCAGGCAUAUUCGAAGAUCAGCAAUAGCAUCACCGUAGAAUGGACUACCGUGCCAGGGGCCACAAGUUACCUGCUCACGGCUGAAGAUGGGGACACAACCAUUGAGACCACAGUGGCCAAUUCCCCGGGCACUGUGACAGGCCUUAAGGCUGCAACCUUAUACCAAAUCACCAUCAGAUCCGUCAGUGCCUCUGGACGUAGCCCAGCAUCACCUCCGAAGCAGGCAAAGACAGUGUUGGCUGCCCCAAUUCUGGAAGUUAGCUCUCCGAGUCCAGACUCCAUCCUUGUGAGCUGGGACGCCGUAUACAUGGCGAUCGGAUUCUCCGUGUCUGUUAUGCAAGCCAAUGGCUUGGGUAGAAUUUGGAAAGAGAAUACCACAAACACCUCCCUGACCUUCGGCAGUUUGGACGCCGGGACUCUCUACACCAUAAAGGCCUAUGCGUGGAACGCCAACGGAAUCCCCGGGGAUGACUCCACCCGCAAUCAGAGAACCAGUCCUCGUGCCCCUGCCAACAUUCAAGUCUUCUUUGACAGCGGGGCCCUAAAGGCUUCUGUUUCAUGGACCCCGUCAGAAGGGGCAUUCAACUACACUGUGGUGGCAUGGAGCAAUUCUUCCCAGCGGAGCUGCAGCACAGCUCUCAGCUCCUGUAGCAUCGGUUCCUUGCAGUGUGGAACAGAGUACCUGAUUUCUGUCUCAGCAAACAACGAUGCCGGGUGCAGCAAGUCCUCCUCUGCACCCACCCUGAAGACUGUUGCUUGUGCACCUGGACGGGUGAUGAUCCAGGAAGAGCCCCCUGGUCACUUGUCUGUGGCUUGGUCCAAUGUGGAGCUGGGUGACUACUAUGUGGCUUUUGUGAAGAGCGAUGACGGCUUGGAGGUACAUUGCAAUACCUCCCUUACCCAGUGCAACUUCUUGUCCGAGUGUGGCUUCACGUACUUCAUUAGUGUGUUUGCCUACAACAAGGCAGGGCAGAGUCCUCUGGGCGACGUAUUCAAUUACACCACAGCUCCCUGUUGUCCUAGUGACAUUAGCCCAGUGUUGGUGUCCAGUGACAGGGUGGAGAUUGCCUGGUCUCCUGUGCGUGGUGCUGAACUCUAUGAAACCAAGGCCAUAGCUGGAUACAGCGUUGUGGCAUGCAACGACACUGCUCCUGCUUGCACUCUCUCUGCUUUGGAUUGUGACACCAAGUACAAUGUCACAGUGUAUUCCUUCAGUGAGGUCCGGGGCAGCAAUCUGUCAUGCUCUUCCCACUUUAUCACCACAGCUCCUUGCAGUCCUGAAAUAAAAAAUAUUUCGAAGGAUGCAUUCUCUAUGAUCAAUGUGCACUGGCGGUCGACUAAUGAAGGAGCCACUUACACGGUGACAGCCCAGGGGAAGAAGGGGUUGUUCCAGUGCAGCAGCACAGGGGAGACCUGCAGGAUGGGGGGCCUGCCCUGCGGCUCCAUGUUCUCUGUCACUGCUGUGGCCGAAACUCAGGCAGGAAAGAGCCUACCCAGCUACAGUGUGCCCCUGGAGACAGUGCCCUGCUGUCCAGCUGGUCUGACAGCAGCUCAGGUCACCCAGUCUAUAAUCAACGUGAGCUGGACCAUUGGGGCAGUGCCUCAAACCUAUGUGACAGUGCUGGAGUCAUACAUCGGACAGUCUAAGUGCCACACCCAUCAAAACCACUGCCUUCUGGGAUGCAUCGCGUGUGGCAUCAACUACACGGUGGCAUUAAAAGCCAUUAGUCCCACGGGACUGACCGCAGACUGUGCCUACCAAAGUUAUUCUUCUAGUGUCUGUUGCCCACUGGGGGUCAAAUUAUAUAGGCUGGGCCCUAAUGGCAUUCGGAUCUACUGGCAAGCCUCCAGGGGCUCUGCCAAUUAUAGCACCGACCUCUAUGGCUCCAAGGGCAUCUUUACAUGUGCCCCACACGCUGGUCUAAGUUUCUGUGACAUCACCAACAUCCCCUGUGGGGACGUAUACACCGUGAUGGUCUCACCUGUUGCUGAAACAGGACUGAAGCUUACUUUCUGCCCGAAAAAAAUAUAUUCAGUUACCUGUUCUGGAAGUACACUUGGGAUGGUGAUUUACAGAGGGAAGAGGAACGAUACAGCAAGCCCCAGGUAAAAGCAGACACUCCACAAGGUGAGCAAAGAGAAUUAAUUCUGUCUGAUUCCACAGCAAGAUUUUGUCUUCCAUAUUAAAAAUUCUCCUCACUUCUCUUCCAGAGUCCCUACGCUGUUAGUGAGCAACUAUGGAAACUCGCUAUUAGAACACAAAACACCCAUAGGAUAGGAAAAGCUCCUUUGUCCUUUAAAGGAGCAACUCAGACUCUGUUUUGAGGGGACAAGGUCAAGUGUGUCAUCAGCUACAGAGACGUUCGAGAUGAGCUGUGAAGAGGACUCCACGGAGGAAUGGUCCAGAGAGUCCGCUGGACCGUCGCCAGACUGAGUCAGCACUGCCACGGCCUGAAGCAUAAAAGCAAUGCUUAGCAGAAAUUUGUUCCGAGGCUUCAUAUCUAGACACACCAUAGAAUGUCGCCUGUCCCAAACCCAUGUAGCCCAGGCUUGUCUUGAAGUCUCAAUCCCUCUGCCUCAGCCCUCCAAAGUGCUCAGGAUACGGGCAUCCACCAUUCUGCCCCAUCGCAGAUUUUAGUAUGUCCUGAUCAUGAGUCUCUCAACAGCUUAGCAUACAGCAUGCUCUCCGCAGGACGGAAGUGCUCCCCCCACGGCAGUCAAGCCAUCCUCCGGAGGACAGCAUUCACCCCUACACAGGCCUUUGCUGGGGCUUUUAAGCUGGAGUCUAGAGCAGCUGCUGCUAGGGCCGCGUCAGUAACAAACGCCUUCUGCACAGGUUUCUGGGGAAGCCGAGCUGCCUGCAGACUUCACUGAGUCAGAGAGUGCCAUGUGAACAGACAUCUGCCAGAGCCUCUGGGAAGGCAGAGCUGUAGGUCUGUGGCUGGAAAGGCUGCCAUCACACUCUCUGAGUGAGCGAAGAUGUCAGGGGGAGCAGCAGCCAAGGGCAAAGAGUCUCAGACUGCGGCAGUC